AUGGCCAGCUCGUCCGCCGAGAUCACCGCCUUCCUGCUGGCGCUCCCGGGCUGGGUGCUGGUGUCCUCCACGCUGCCCACCGACUACUGGAAAGUGUCUUCCAUCGACGGCACGGUCAUCACCACGGCGACCUUCUGGGCCAACCUCUGGAAGACGUGCGUGACCGACUCGACCGGCGUCUCCAACUGCAAGGACUUCCCGUCGAUGCUGGCGCUGGACGGUUACAUCCAAGCUUGCAGAGGACUCAUGAUCGCCGCGGUCUGCCUUGGAUUUUUCGGCUCUGUGUUUGCACUGGUUGGAAUGAAGUGCACAAAAAUCGGGGGCUCUGACCAGACCAAAGCUAAAAUUGCUUGUUUUGCUGGGCUGAUUUUCAUUCUUUCUGGGCUGAGCGCAUUGACCGGUUGCUCCCUGUAUGCAAACCGAAUCACAUCGGAGUUCUUUGACCCUACAUUUAUUGCACAAAAGUAUGAAUUAGGAGCAGCUUUGUUCAUUGGAUGGGCUGGAGCAUCACUUUGCAUAAUUGGCGGCAGUAUAUUCUGCUUCUCAAUUGCCGAAAACAAUAAAACUCCAAGGAUGCGAUACUCCUACAACAGAGCUGCUUCUGUGAUGUCUACUCGAACAAAGGCCUACAAUGACUCAGCCGAUUUUAAAAUGCCCAGAGCCCCUCCGAAGCACUUUGACAAAAAUGCCUAUGUGUAGCCAGAGGGUCUUCAGGAAUCGAUGCUUUUUUUAAAAAUCAUGUUUGUGCACUUCAUUCACAGAAUGAUUUUUAGAAAGGUACUGGUGUC